AUGUGGAGAAGGGUCACCAACCCAGGAAGGCCCACCAAAGAAGCAGCUAUCCUUGCUGCAACCAUUGCUGCUAUCAAGUUGGCGCCAAUGGCCAUCCGUUUGACCCCACAUGUCCUGUCACUUGUUGAUUGGACCAAGCCUUUGGACGACCCAAUCCGCAAGCAGUUCCUUCCUCUCAGAAGUGGCAUUAUUCCAGACCAUAAGCAUUUAGAGCUGGACUCAUUGCACGAAGAAGACGAUAGCCCUGUCCCAGGUUUAGUCCAUCGUUAUCCCGGGAGAGCUUUGUUUUUAGCGACCUCGAUCUGUCCUGUCUACUGUCGCUUCUGUACGCGUUCGUAUGCAGUCGGCGCAAAUACCGACACUGUGUCGAAGAAGCCACAAAAGCCUAGUCGAAAGCGAUGGGAAGUCGUAUUCCAGCACAUUGAGAAAGACGAGACCCUCCAGGACAUCGUUGUCUCAGGUGGUGACGCGUAUUUCUUGCAACCAGAUCACGUCAAGGAAAUCGUUUACAGACUUCUCAACAUCCCCCAUAUCAGACGUAUUCGAUUGGCUUCGAAAGGACUGGCCGUGGCACCGGGUCGUAUUCUCGAUGAUGCCGAUCCUUGGACUGAUGCCUUGAUCGAAGUAUCUAACAAAGGCCGAGAAAUGGGCAAGCAAGUGUGCCUACAUACUCACAUCAACCAUGCCAACGAAAUCACUUGGAUCACGAGACUGGCCGCAAACAAGCUGUUCAAGCAUGGUGUCAUUGUGCGUAACCAGUCAGUCUUGUUGAAGGGAGUCAACAACCACAAGGAUACGCUUCUGGACCUCAUCAAGACGCUUGCGGACAUGAACAUCCAACCUUACUACGUUUACCAAUGUGAUAUGGUGCAGGGCAUCGAAGAUCUCCGAACACCUCUCCAGGAGAUUAUCGACCUUGACAAGGAGCUUCGGGGGAAGCUGUCUGGCUUCAUGAUGCCAUCCUUCGUGAUCGAUCUCCCUGGCGGCGGUGGGAAACGUCUCGUCUCCACCAUGGAGAGCUACCAAAAUGGUGAAGCCACCUACAGGGCCCCUGGUCUACCUGGAGUCAAGGGCGAGAUGGUAUACAGAUACUAUGACCCGAAGCCUGUGGAAACGAAAGUUCUUGAAGAGUUCCAACAAGAACAGCUCCAGGCGCUCGAGAGGGGCGAGACACUGGAGCAGUUCUUCGCCCAGUCUGCCGCUCGAGCACGUUCUUCCAUCGCACUACCUAGACGUGUGCAACAGGAACCGCUACACCCGCCAGCGCCAACCGGAAUACCUCCGGAGAUAAUGACACCGGUUUCAAUGCCGACGACACACGCCAAUGCAUAA